AUGACCUUCGGUCCACCAAGCAGCCUGGGUUCGUAUGAAGACCGGUUCUCCAGCGGUCUCUCAUAUGAUGCACUUCAGCACUACUACUCUGACUCAGAGGCAGAUCCAUACGUGCGGCGACGAAGUGGCCUCUUCAAACCUGUAUCUGCUGCCACCUCACUUUUGCAAGACCCUCAUCUCAAAUGCGACAGAAAUCUUGGAUGGAACAUCGACUGGGCUGUUGCUUUCAUCGUCGACCAUCUAGAUAAGAAGACAGAUGCUGCUGAGUCUCUCCGAAGCAUACGUAUCAAGGCCGCCCAGCUCGAGAGAGAUGGCCUCAGCACAGAUACGCCCUACCGCAUCUUUAACAAGCUCGAUGAGGUUCUUUUCGCUGGCCAUCUCAAGAACGCCGUCUAUCUCGAGAGCGACAACCUCGGUUGUGAUGUCUCUGGCGCAACGUACACACAGAGCUGGGGUCGAGUGACUGAAGUUAAGCGCAUGUCCAUCAUCCUGAAUCAAGACGUAUUAGACUUUGUAACAGCCGGAGACAUCGUCGCGAUCCUAAUCCACCACAUGAUACACGCCUACUUUCUCGUCGCCUGUGGUCCGCAGAAAGAAGAUGAACUCGACUACGGCCGUCUCGCACAUGGCUUCCACUUCGGCAAGCUCAUGACCGCUAUCAAGGAACUCUCCGCCGCGCAUGGUAAAGAACACACGACUCUCGAGUUCGGCCACGAUAUCGGCGAGUAUCCAUACUUCUCUGAUGGAUACUACCGCCCGCGCCGACGCAAUCCGGACGAGCAAGAAGACAGAGACAAAUGGUACUGCACGCACUGCUACUCCAACGUCCCUCCCAUCCCCCGCUCCGACAUCGACAAAUACUACGACAAGUACAUCGCCCCCAUGCUUGCCCAAACAACCAAAUCCAUCCGCCUCGCCACCGUAUACAUCUACAACGACCACAAGUCCUACCUCGUCGAAACAAAACACCUCGACAACCUCCUCAGCAUCCAACGCGCCUUCCUCGUCACAUCCUCGCGCUUCCUCAAACUCGACGCUAAAGACUUGUCUGAAUCGACGUUCCACCGCUUCCUCGAGUUCAUACACACCGGCUGCUAUCGGCCGGAAAUCCCGUAUUCGUUGUCUUCGACACGUACCAGCGCGCCGAUUAUCAAACCAAGCACAUGUGCAGCGUCGCCUGUACUCGCUGACAUCGCACUCUUCAACUUCGCCAGCACCUUCGAUAUUGACGAGGUCGCAUCUUACGCGAUGAAGCGCCUGCACAGCUAUCCCGAAAUGACCGAGGAUCCCCUCGCCGCACUCCGCGAAAAAUACACCAACGGCGAACCGCCCAAGAAACUGAAAGCCUGGGUGCGCGCGUUCUUGCUCGAUGCGCCGGAGAAUGCGCCAGCGCAGUGUAAUUUGGUCAAGCUGGAGAGCGAGAUGUGGCCGUGGCGACGCGGGUUUUUGAAUUUGUUGGAGGGGUGUGGCGGGUUGGAGAAUGAGGUUCGGAAGAUUUUGGAGGAGGGGAGGGGAGGGGCUGGGGUGUGGGUGGACUUCUCCAGCGCGUUUGAACUCGAGCAGCUCAAGAAUAUUCAGCGGCUGAAAAUCAGGGAGCUUGAAAGAGAGCAGGAGAAGGUGAGGAGCAGGGGGAAGGAGAAUGAUAGGAAGCGCGAGCUUAAUGGGCAGUAUGCUGUUGCUGCGGCGAUUGAGGCGUUGUAUGGGAAGCGUGCGGGAGGAUAUGUUGAGAGUGGUGAUGAGAGGUAUUAG